UCGCCUUGUUUGCGAUUAGCUUUCCUCUCCUUAUAUGGGUAUCAUCCCCCCUCCACCUGGCACCGACAUUUCGAAAUCUAUCUCACCACCGCCGCAAUGCCUAUCCCAUUCUCCUUUGCCGCCCCCUGCUAUGACCGGAUGGUCCCUCUCGCGACAGGCGAGGUCCGCCCCGCCGGACUGGACCUCAACUUCGUCGAAGUCCAACACCCACGCGACGUGUUCGACCGGAUGGUGCGCAACGCCGAAUUCGACGCCUCGGAGCUCUCCAGCAGCGAAUUCAUCACCCGUUACGUCGCCGGCGACCGCACUUUUACUGCUGUCCCUGCUUUCCCACUCCGUACAUUUCGACACGGAUACAUCGUUGUCAACACCGACCGAAUCAAAUCCCCCGCCGAUCUAUCAGGGAAGCGCAUCGGCGUACAGCUAUAUACCAUGACCGCUGCGGUAUGGAUCCGCGGGCUCCUCAUGCACGAAUACGGCGUCGAUCUGUCGAGCAUCACCUGGGUCGAAGGACGAAUGGAUGCGCCCGGGGCGCACGGAAAGCCGUCCGUGCUGAUUCGCCGGGAGGGAGACAAGCCACUGGCAAACAUCGAGAAAAACGAAAGCGGGAAAUCGCUGAAUCAGUUGCUAACGGACGGGGAAAUCGACGCGACCAUUGGAGCCGAGGUGCCGGGGUGUUUGUGGGACAACGAAAAGGCACCGCAUAUCCAGCGACUGUUCCCGAAUUACAAGGAGGUCGAAAAGGAGUAUUACCGGAAGACAGGCAUCUUCCCGAUCAUGCAUCUGGUUGCGAUCCGGAGGGAAGUAUACGAGAAACACAAAUGGAUCCCGACGAGCUUGUUCCAGGCGCUGAAUGAGUCAAAGGAGCUGGUUCGGAAAAGGACAUAUAUGCCAGGGAUGAUCCGGUGCAUGUUGCCGUGGCUGAGGGAGGCGUUGGAGGAGACGAUGGAGGUGUUUGGGGAGGACUGCUGGCCGUAUGGAAUCGAGAAGAACCGCAAGACCCUGGAGGCGCUGGUGCAGUAUCUGUAUGAGCAGGGGAUGAUUGAGCGGGUGGUGACGGUGGACGAGCUGUUUGCACCAGUGCAGGAGGCCCCGUUUGUUAUCCAUUAGUCCUGCUGAUGAGACGUCUUGCCGCACUCCGAGACAGAAAUCCUGGGUAGAGGAAGAAGAUGAACUCGUGGAUUACUAUUUGCUCGGCGCUAAAACACUAGGUUAGGUCCUGACACCAUGUAAUGCAUUCCCAAAAACAUAUAAAGAUAUUCUGGAUGGCUAAACAAGGCCGUGAAAUGCCCCGUGAAGGACUGACUCCAUCAAGCGAUUUUGAAAAACUCAGUCGAGUGUUUCGAGUGGGCUUAUUUAAUUACUUUGACACUGUUGCGUAAGAGUAUUUUGGCUGAUGGAUGUGUAGUGAAUAGGUAGACUGCAGGUCUCGAGGAUCUUUGAAAGAAGCAUUACAUGGUGUGGCUUGCGCAAGGAUUCAAUAGAGAAGACGCUGGG